CUGGCCUGUUCAAACUUUUGACAUACUCUUUGUAUUUCCAUCUUUUUUCUGGGAUUUUUCAAUUGUGAUGACACCCCCCCCCAGGGUUUGGUUGUCUUGUCGGUGCAAGGAGGCCAUACAUAUAUUAGUUCAGGAAAAAAAAUGGAGGAUGCAGAAAGCAGCUUAACGGACAGCUUUUGGAAUGAACUUUUGAAGGACAGUCAUGCCUGCACUCAUGCCCACACCUGCAACCCACCUGGGCCUGACAACUCACACACCCACACUUGUUACCAUGUCCACACCAAAAUCGUGCCGCCUGUCGCUUCCGGCGACCAUGAUAAGGCGGCACCCAGCGGUGAGGACACUGCUGAAUCCGUGGAGGAUAGGAAGGAAGAAAUGAAACGGCCAUUGGGGAACCGGGAAGCGGUCCGCAAGUACAGGGAGAAGAAGAAGGCAAGGGCGGCAUUGUUGGAGGAAGAGGUUGUGAAGCUGAGGGCUCUAAACCAGCAAUUGGUGAAGAGGUUGCAAGGGCAGGCCGCACUUGAAGCUGAGGUGGCAAGGCUCAAGUGUCUGCUUGUGGAUAUAAGGGGAAGGAUUGAGGGCGAGAUCGGGUGCUUUCCAUACGAAAAGCAGCAUUUGAGGAGCCGCAGAGAUGAUGUGAACCAUUGCAAUGUUCAAUGCAAUGGGAGAGAUUCACUCUAUUGCUUCCAACCCGGCGGUGGUUCAGGAGGAAUGGGUUCAGAGGGGACAAUGUUGAACCACCAAGGAUUCGACAAUUGUGGUUUCAAGAGCCUGCAGUGUUUGGGGGGUGCAAAUCAGCUGAUUUCGGAAAUGAAAGAGAUUACCAAUGUUUCUGGUGGAAGUAAGAAAAAGAGUAGUAAGAGAAUUACCGAGAACUAAUUUCUUGGCUUCUUUUUUUUUAAUUUUUUUUUUUGAGCAGCGGGUAAGAACAAGAACAUCUACUUAGAUUCUCAUGCUGGAUAUUUUGUUUUCU